AUGUCCUACAAAAGACGAUCAAGGGAUUACACUCCUGAGGAAGACAGGCGUCAUCGUAAUUCUUCUACUGAGACUUACGGUCGUUCUCAUGACCGCCAUUACUCGCGUUCGUCCAAUGACCGCCAUUACUCGCGUUCCUCCAACUACGGUGGACGCUUUCGCCAUAAUGAUGGACGUGAUAACCCUUCAGUUUCCAGUUGUCUUGGAGUAUUUGGAAUGACUAAGAAUACAACAGAAGCUGAUCUCCGACGUAUUUUUGAAUAUUUUGGGCCAGUGGAAAGUGUGCAAAUUGUUUAUGAUAGAGUCUAUGGGGAUUCGAAGGGAUUUGGUUUUAUCUAUUUUCGGCGAACUAGAGAUGCAACAGAGGCGAGAGAGCACAUGUCUGAUGUUAAAAUAAAUGGAGUUCGUGUUAGGGUGGAUUAUUCGUUGACUAGUUAUGCUCUUGGACCUAAGUAA